UGCCCUCCCUCGCCCGGCCCCAUCCCUUCCCCUUCCCUUCCCCUCCCCGCCCCGUCCCUCCCCCUGCAGCCGCCCCGGGACCGGGCAGGGGCACGGGGCAGGACGGGACGCGACCGCUCCCGGCCGCAGGAUGGACCCCCACGACCCCACCGCCCUCCCCAAGCACAUCCUGGACAUCUGGGUCAUCGUCCUGAUCAUCCUGGCCACCGUCCUCGUCAUGACGGCCCUGGUGCUCUGCCCGGCCACCGCCGUCAUCGUCUAUCGGGUGCGGACUCACCCCACGCGCAACAGCAUCGUGUGAGCCUUUGGGGGGCGGGGUGGGGCACCCCCAGGGCUGGGCACGAGAAGAUGGGGGCAGGAGCCGGGCUGAAGGCACCGAGCGCCCCGGGAGCAGCAGGGAGGCUGUGCCCCGGAGAUGUGUGACUGUGGGGACGUGGAGAUGACGCCUGGACGGAAACAACUCGGUCCCGUGGUGCUGAGCUCGCCUUUGCUGGUGACCCCGUCCCCUCGCAGCAGCGUUAUCCCCCGUCGGGACCCUCCCUGGCAUCGGCAAUGACCCUAAAUGCCCAGCAAAGCUGCUCCCUCCUGGGAGUCCCAGCUCUCGGGGCGCUUGGAAAAGAAGAGCGGAAGCAAGGCGACGGAUGCGGCUUCUGGUUGAGCAUCCAGAGACUCUGCUAAAGAGUUGGUGAAAGCGCCCGUCCCAGCUGCAGGGCAGAACAGCAGCUGGCACCAGCUUUCCCACGUCCCAGGUAUCAGCCGAAACCGCAGGAGAACUCCGUGGGGCGCUUGGGUCCUCCGCAUCUCAUGGGGUUGAGGAGCGUGGGCAGCCCGUGCCCGCAUGCCCCUCGCCUGCCCCGCUCUCCCCGUGGCACAGGCAGCAAAGGGGGCUCCUGCCCAGGCCCAGACCAGGGCCUGAAAAGCUCUCGGACUGCUAGAAAAUAAACAGGACUUCACUCCG